AUGGAAAUAAUGCCCAAACGUGAUGUUGUGGCAUGUUGCCCUCAACCCUGUUCAACUCAGCCCUCAGAGCCAAUCCUUUUCCCGAGGUCACGGAUCAAAUAUGCCGACUUCCCUUACCUAUAUUAUACCAGUGCCAGAGGCUCUUCACCUUGGAGGCCUGAUGUGGAUAUGGGUACGGACUGCCACGAAAAUCACAAUGCCUCCCUCGGAUUUUCAAGGGCCGACAUGAGCGUACCGCGCACCACAAGAGGAGUGGUGUUUUACGGAAACGAGACCCCUAUCUUCGGACAAUCCGACUCCAAGAGUGGUAGUCCUCCUUACAAAGAAAAGAAAACUCUUCCCGGAACUCUUGCCGACGUCUCCGAGUUUGUUUGCGCUGCCGCGCUUGAUGAUGUCAGUAACUCGCAACCAAACAAUACAAGCACACAUGCACCACCUAUCUCCGUGGGCAGGGUCGGGUAA